AUGGAUGAAUCCCAAGACUGGCAGACAAGAUCACAGCAGCGUGAGCCAAACAUCAGGCAGAAAAGUUUGUUUGCUGAAAUAUAGGACCAAGAGAAAGACAAGAUAAGCACUGCUGGAAAAGUUAUUAAAUGAAAAGCAGCUGUACUAUGGCAAUAGAAGAAAUCCUUUUCCAUCGAGGAAAUAGAAUUUGUCCCACCAAAGGCUAAAGAAGUUCACAUUAAGAUUUUGGCCACAGGAAUCUGUCGCACAGAUGACCAUGUGAUGAAAGGAGCGAUGAUGGAGUCUAAGUUUCCAGGGGUUGUGAGACAUGAAGCAAAUGGGGUUGUGGAGAGUAUUGGAAAAGGAGUCACUACUGUGAAGCCAGGUGACAAAGUCAUCCCUCUCUUUCUUUCACAGUGUGGAGAAUGCAAUGCUUGCCACAGCCGAGAUGGUGACCUUUGCAUUAGGAGCAAUGUUACUGGUUGUGGAGUACUGGCUGAUGGCACUAGCAGAUUUACAUGCAAGAGCAAACCUGUCUAUCACAAAAAAAACCCAAACCCUUUGCCAUCGAGUUACAGCCAAGAAAAUCCUAUGGAGCAGUUCUACUCUGUAAUACAUGGGAUCACCGUCACCCCUGGCUCUGCCUGUGUUGUCUUUGGCCUGGGAGGAGUUGGCCUUUCAGUCAUCCUGGGGUGUAAAUCAGCUGGUGCAUCUAGGAUCAUUGGGAUUGACAUCAGCAAAGACAAAUUUUAAAAGGCCAUGACUGUAGGAGCCACUGAGUGCAUCAGUCCCCAGGACUACACCAAGCCCAUCAGUGAGGUGUUGUCAGAAAUGAUGGGUAACACUGUGGGGCAUGCUUUUGAAAUUAUUGGGCAUCUUGAAACCAUGGCUGAUGCCCUCACGUUCUGCCGUAUGAGCUAUGGGGCCAGUGUGGUGGUAGGCGCCCCUCCAUCAGCCAAGAUGCUCACCUAGGACCCCAUGCUGCUCUUCACUGGGCGCAUGUGGAAAGGAUGUGUUUCUGGAGGCAUGAAACACAGAGAUGAUAUCCCCAAACUAGCGACUGAUUUCCUGAGAAGGAAAUUUGACCUGGACCAGCUGAUAACCCAAGUUUUAGCUUUUAAAAUCAACAAAGCCUUUGAACUGCUUUAUUCAGGGCAGAGGUUUCUAUUUGUGUUUGGGUAUCCAGAGGAGUCCCUGCAUGGUGCAAAUGGCUAA